AUGAGAGAUGAUUAUUUUGUAGCUGCCAUUAUAUCUGGUAUCGUCGCCAAAUCUCUCAACUUCCCAAUAGUUGUAUGGGCAACACCGUUCUCUUCAACGCUACUGAACACCAUCGACUAUCCGACGCUGAUGUCACCGACUUUCAGUUCUAUCAAUCAAGCUCGAACGCUAACCCGACUAUUCCAACGAUACGGAUGGAGCGAUGUGGCUGUGAUUUCUUAUGCGAUUCGAGGCGAUGCAGCACCACGUUGUACGCUGAUCGUCGACGAUCUUCAAAAGCUCGAUGACAACAAUCAUAACAUUACGAUAAUAUUUCAUCGCGAGUUGAAGAAUUUCAAUAAAGACACUUUGAAAAAUAUGCUUCGGACCAUCAGAAAGAUGACGCGAAUUAUAGUUGUGUGCAUUGAAACUGCUGAAGGACAACGUGAGCUUAUGAUUUCGAUUGCUGAAGAAGGUAUGGACACCAGCGAGUAUAUGUGGCUAAUGAUUGAAACUGGAAGAAAGGGAUUCGGUCAAGUAUGGAAGGAUACGAAGAUGCCACCGGACGGGAAAGACGAUCUAGCUCUGCGAGCGGCAAGAAGCUUUUUUGUGAUAGAUAGGAUCCCACUGAAUGCAUCUGCGGAGUUCGUUGAUAAUGUCAAAACGAAGAUGCGCGAGCCGCCGUACAACUGUACAAAUUGUGACGACAUUGAUCUGAGCACCUCUCAAGUUGGUGAGUUGGGGGAUUCGAUGUUGCUCUAUGCGAUUGCGUUGAAUCGUUCAAUAGCUGCCGGAUUGCCGAAUCCAACUGGAAGUGAGCUGGUGAAUUUUGCGAAAGGCAGCUUCCAAGGUUUCUCUGGCACCGUCAAUAUUAACGAAAAACGAACUCGAGAUCCCUUAUUUUUGGUGUAUGGACUGGACUCUAAUGAUAUGCAAAUUAUUAUGAUGAAAAUCACAGAACAACUGAUGAAUACAAGCACCUCACUGAUUCAAGACCUACAACCUGCGUCGGUGAUUUGGGCAAACCAUGGUGGCUCUCCGCCACUAAAUCGACCAUUAUGCGAUUAUGAUGGGAGCGCCUGUCCACCGUCGUUCACUGAGAAGUACUUGGCGAUCACGCUCGUCGCCGUAAUCGUACCAGUAUUUGUCGUGAUCUUAGCAGUCGCCUUCGGACUAAGGUUUUCAUCGAUUCUUCCAUUAUCAUGUAGAAAGCGUUUUUAA